AUGAAGUUCGCAUUUGAGAAAACAGACCGCAAGGAAAAUAAGCAAGGAGAACCGCGGAAACUAAAGUGUGAUGCGUUGGUAUUCUGCGCGCUGGCUUACAAGGUUAGAGACAUCUACGAUAUGUCUUCGGCUCAUUUCGACUACCGUAUUGCCAACGUGGCAGAUUUUGUGCAUCGUUACUCGCUAUUUAAUUACCUAUACGGCGACGACGUCGACAGGAUACUUAAUGGAAAUUUUGAACCAGAGGAUGAUAAGUUGUUUAAGGAGUUUCUCAAAGUGUGUUGCAAUUUGAUGACCCAGAAGCGAUAA